AUGUUCAACUUGCUGAAGGUAGGAUAUAGAAACCCAUUCUUGUAUGCUAGCCGAAUAUCCAUCCCAGCAUUAAACUUGUCUCGUAUAGAAUCAAGUAGGUCAAUAUCAAAGAAAAGUGAAGAUGAUGAUAAAAUUAAUGAUAUUAAACCUGAGGAAAAGGAUAAUGAAUCAAAUAAAAUUAAUCCAAUAAGUCAUACAUUUUGGCAAAAGCAAAAUCAAAUAAGGAAAUUAGAAUUGAAAAACUUACCAGAAUGGCAAAAAAGAUCAGCUACAUUGAAAAAAAGAUAUGGAGAAUGGAAACCAACUCAUAAAUUAUCAAGAGAAGAAAUGAAUAAUGUUAGACAAUUAAAAUUACAAGUACCAAGUAUGAAAACUAUAGAUUUGGCAGGACAUUUUGGAAUCUCACCAGAAGCAAUUAGAAGGAUAUUGCAUUCUAAAUGGGUACCUAAUAGUGAAGAAAAUGAAAGACUUUUACGUAGAGGACAAGAACUUAAACGAGAAAGUGAAGAAAGAAGAUCAAAAACAUCUCAAGAUAUUUCACUUGCAAGAAAAAGAAUGACAUAUAAUAAAAGUGUCAACUUGAAUGAAAUUCAACUUGUUUCAAAUAAUAAUCAUAAAAUGGCAAAUAUAACUGAUAAAUUAGCACAAACAAGUAACACAUUUAAAAAGAAUGGUAAAGUGUUAUAUGAUAGUAAUAUUAACCACUCCUUCUAUAAAAAUAAGAAACGACGUAAUAUGAAGUCUAUGAAUAGACUGAAUUUUUACAAAAAUACCGGAGAUAUCAUUGAUUGA